AUGGAGGAGAAGGAGCCUCUCAUCGUCUCUGGUGACGAAUCCGGCGAGCCGAAGCCGCGCUGCCCGUAUGCCGGCCGCUGCUCGGCCGGUAAGCGUGUAGCCAAGGUCUUCACGCUCGCUGCUGUUGUCGGCAUGCUGUAUUUCGGCAUCCCGCAAGCGCAACAGCACUUUGCCGCCGACAGGGCGGAGAAGAUGUGCACGACUCCAGCCUGUGUCCACGCAGCCUCGGAGAUCUUGUACAAUCUCUCCCCCAACUACAAAGAGCUCGACCCAUGCAACGACUUCGAGGAGCUCGUGUGCGGCGGGUGGCGUGACCGCCACGAUCUCCGCUCCGACCAAGGUGAUGCCUUCACCGGCACCAUCAUGUCGGAGAACUCGGAGCUCCUUCUUCGCCACAUCCUGGAGGCUCCUUACCCCAAGGACUCCAAGGUGAGUAAACCGGCUCGUUCGGGCGGAGCUACCCUGACCAAUCGUCAGCACUCGGCUUUCUCCCCGUUGAAGCUGUUUUCCGGCGACAAGGACGCCGAUGAGGAGAACUUUGACAAGAUGAAGGCCGUCUACGACGCCUGUAUCAACGAGGACAAGAUUAAGGAGGUCGGACUUGAGCCUCUCACUCAGAUUCUGGAUCAGAUCAAGCAGGCAUACCCGCUCGAGGGCGCUGCCAAGGUUGAUGAGCCUAAGCCGACGAAGGACACCAUUCUCCUUCUCGCCAAGUACGGCGUUAAUGCAUUCGUUGCUGCUGGUACCGGUGCCGACGACCGCGACCCCGAUUCUGUUGUGGUCUCCGUCGGCGCGCCCUACGACUUGGGUCUGCCUUCCAAGGAGCGCUAUGAGGAUGAGAAGCUUGUCGAGAAGUACCGCAGUGUCGCCGUCGAGGUUCUCGGAAAUCUGUUCCCUGAUAACAACAAGGACAACUUUGCCAAGGUUAUUGAUCUCGAGAGAAUGCUGGCUGCUGCAUCCCCAAGCACUGAGGAGCGCGAGGACGUUACUUUCUAUUACAACCCCAUGCUCAUUGAUGAGGCUUCCGCUCUCACCCCUGAGAUUGAGCUCACAGCUUUGAUCCAUGACUUGGCACCGGAGAACUUUGUGGUUGAGCGUGUCAUUGUGAUGGCGCCCAAGUACCUCACUGAGUUGAACACGAUUCUGGCGGAGACCGACAAGGAGGUCAUCCAGAACUUCUUCGUCUGGAAGGCCGUUCAGGAACUCCACGAAUACAUCGACGCCGAUGCCGUCAAGCCGUACAAGCGUUUCGUCAAUGAGCUUGCUGGAAAGGACCCCGAGUCUGUCCCCGAGAGAUGGCGCACCUGUGUUGGAGAGGUCGACAACGGUGUCGGCUGGAUUCUCAGCCGCUUCUUCGUUGAAAAGGCGUUCUCUGAGAAGGCGAAGAAGUUCGGUGACACCAUCAUCACCGACAUCAAGAACGAGUUCACCAGGAAGCUCAAGGCUACGAAGUGGAUGGACAAGCAGACCACUAAGAAGGCUAUCGACAAGGUCCACAACAUCAUCCAGAAGAUUGGCUACCCGACCAAGAGCCCCAACAUCAUGGAUCCGCCCAGCCUGAACAAGUACUACGACUCAGUCAACCUCAACCCUGAUAGCUUCUUCCAGAACGCCCUCGAGGUCAACAAGUUUGCUGUUAGCUACGAGUGGUCUGCUCUCGGCAAGCCCGUCGACAGGGAGCAAUGGGGGAUGACAGUACCUACCGUGAACGCCUACUACAACCCUCCAGGCAACGAAAUUGUGUUCCCCGCCGGAAUCAUGCAGUUCCCCGUCUUCGACGUCGAGGUACCCGCGUACAUGUCCUACGGCGCCUUCGGCUCCGUCGCUGGCCACGAACUCUCUCACGCCUUCGACUCCACCGGUCGCCACUACGACCAAAAUGGCAACUACACGGACUGGUGGACCGACGACACCGUUAAGGCCUUCCAGGAGCGCGCCGAGUGCUUCGUUGAGCAGUACUCCAACUUCACCGUCCCGGGACCCGACGACGAGCCCCUCCACGUCAACGGACGUCUGACCCUUGGCGAGAACAUCGCCGACGCCGGCGGCCUCUCCGCCUCUUUCCAGGCCUGGAAGCGCCGCGCCCACGAGAAGCCCAACAAGAACCUGCCCGGCCUGGAGCACUUCACCCAGGAGCAGCUCUUCUUCGUCACCUACUCCAACUGGUGGUGUGGCAAGUCCCGCAAGGACACCGCCAUCAACCGCAUUUACACCGACCCCCAUGCGCCCAAGUGGGCCCGCAUUCUUGGCACUAUGGCGAACAGUCGGGAGUUCAGGGACAGCUUCCAGUGCAAGAGCAAGAAGCCGACCUGCGAGCUGUGGUAG